AUCACGAUGGUGUGGGGGUGCAGGUUGUCAGGGUGGGGGCUGACAGGUGUAUGGACUGGUGUGUUCCAGGCUGCUGCACUGCAGAGAGGGAUAUCAGUGGCCCUAGGACAGUGAGUGGCCCAGAGCAGGGCUCCCUGACCGUGCAGUGUCCAUAUGCUUCGUCGUGGAAGACCUACAACAAGUGGUGGUGUCAAGGAGCAGGUUGGAGCAGCUGCAGGAUCCUUGUUCAGACCAGUGCAGAAGAGCAGAAGGUGAAGAGGGGCCGUGUGUCCAUCACGGAUGACCAGAUAAACUUCUUGAUCAUGGUGACCAUGGAGGAUCUCAGGAUGAGUGACGCAGAUGUGUAUUGGUGUGGAAUCGAGAGAACUGGAAUAGAUCUUGGGGUCAAAGUUCAAGUGACAAUCGACCCAGCAUCCACCUCCGUGGAGGAGACCAGCUUCUUCACGACUGUGAUCAACGUGAAUGUCAGGUAAGCCAGC